UUUGUACAGCAAUUUGAAUUAAUUAUCCAAAAAAUACAAAAAACUCGACCGUUAUUUUCAUAGACAGCUACGACAGAGACGAUCCACUAUUAACUGAUAUUAUCUGAACUAAAUUUGAUGAAAUCCAAUAUGAAUAGCUAUAGAUUAAUGACUAUCAUUAUCAUAGUGACCACAGCCGCUGAGUUGAUCGGUUUGGUUGAUUGUGACGAUGACUUUUGCCAACUGUUUGCUAACAAACACUAUCAGCUGAGCUAUACGUUUCAGAGGAUACGGUUCACAACUAAUCCGUUCACUGAUCUCAAAGUGUUUGCCAUCGACGACAACAUAUGGACGCAUAGCGACUCUUUCCAUAAGUCGGUUAUACCUGAGAUAUCCGGCACUAAAUAUAGGACUGGUUUUACGUUGAGAGACCAGGAAGACGCAGCCAUUCAUGGAUUUCUUAGGGCCGACAAACCACUUGUCGAUUGGAUUGGAUUCCCGGGAAAAGAUCUGAACGAUCUGUCAAACCCGUCACAAGUGCCUGGUCUGCCUCAGUCGCACAUUCACACCAACUAUGACCAGCAAUUUAAUCCAACUCUCAGCCUAUCAUUGUUUGACAAAAACUGGAUGUGUUUCUAUACAAUCAAUCCCGACGGUCAAGAUUUUAUCGGCAAAAUGACUUGCAUUGACUUUGAGGACAAAAAGGCACCAAAAAAUGUCACCCAAAAGAUGAUCGACGAAUGGAAGGAUAUGCCAUAUUUGCCGCUGUUUACCGGCAAUCGUCACGUCUACGAGAUUGUACUGAUUAUGGGUCCCUAUUCUAACGAUAAGUUUAUGGUCUACUAUAAGACCAACACUUCCAUAGAGUUUUGUACGACUGAUGUCAGCGGUUUCAGCUUUGAGUGCAAUCAGGGAACCAACACAUUGAUCGACUGUGUAAAGUUUACGCCACCGCCGCCGCCCACCCAACCGACAACACAGAUGGGCGAAGGAGCGGAGGGCGAAGGUCUUGGGUCGUCGUCAAACCAAACUACAAGCCAACCGGUCGGCAUAACAGCAGAUGAAUCUGGUAAUACAUCAUCUGUCGGGUCGACCACUGCCAACAGUGACAGCGGUUCGUCUCUCUUAUGGAUAAUAAUAGUUGUGAUAAUCAUUAUCAUUAUUAUUGUUGCGAUUGUCAUAUGUGUCGUCUGCUUUAUGAUGGGUAGCCGUAAGUCGGAAGACAAAAAAGACAGCGAUUCGUCAGCGGCACCGGUAAAGUCAAAGUCCGCUAAAUCGUCGACCGGACAGUCAAAGACUGGUAGUAAAACGGGUACCAGUAGUACAGGUGCUGUUGGAAAGUCGAAGUCUAGUCUGCCCUCCAAUGUUGGCGAUACGGGAAAUCAGAUGAGAUCGACGAUGUAA